UUGCAUUGCCAAAAUGAAUUUGUGGCCAAAGUAAAAAAACGAUGAUUGGCACAGGAUAUGUUUCUCCUUUUAGUUUUUUGCAAGUUGUCAAGUAUAAGAAGCAUUACCUUUUAAAUACAACACAAUUCCACUUUUACGAAAGAAGAGAAUUUCUGAGAGGCCCUGUGAUAAAAAAUAUGCCCUUACCUAGACAUAGGUCUCUCACCUGGAGACCAGUUCGCGCUUGUGAGACGGGAACACAAAGCUUAGAAAGGUUUGGAAAUCAUAAGUCGCCUAAGGAGUCAGAAAGAAUCCCCCUGAGCCAGCUUCGGUUCAAUGUUUUGUACGAAGGCACAGUCACGAAACUGUUAAAGUAUGGCUUUUUGGUAGACAUUGGCGCACAAAAGAAUGCAAUUGUCCACAUUUCUGAGGUAAAAGCAGGAUAUGUUGCAAAUCUUCGUAACGAUGUCAAAUUGGGACAACGCGUUUUUGUCGUUUUGCUGGGAAUUAAACCCAUGGAAGGAAGGAUUGAAGCCUCUGUAAAGGCAGCUCAGAAAAUGUUAGCCGCAGGGAUAUACGAUGUAGAAAUAUCUCGUUUGAAAGAGUGGGGCUCCAUAGAAAGACUGCCAUAUAAAGAGGUUUGUGGCGGUAUCGAUAAUUUUUAUCAGGACGAGGAUUUCACGGAGGUGUUUCUGAAGACAAGAAGAUAUACAUAGCGUUCUAUUUAUACAGGAAGGAAUAAUAUUGUCAUAUAAAUGAUCUAGUAACUUUUGAUGAUACUUGAGAGGUUUAGCCUCUUUUU